AUGGGAGACCUGGAUGUGCCCAUUGGCUCUCUGGGCGAGGAGGUGGUGGCCCAGCUCUGCGAGCUCCUGGAUCAUGUCAGCUGGGGUUGGCGCAAGCUGGCCGAGGUGGCUGGGGCAGAGAAACGCUUCAGGUGCAGCAUGGAGGAGCUGGAGAUGUGCUCGCUGAAGGUGCUGGAGCCUCGUGGGAGCCCCACUCAGUGUCUCCUGCAGCUCCUGGCUGAGCGCGACUGCAGCCUCAAGUACCUGCUGGGCUGCCUGGAGAGGAUGGGGCACACAAGGGCCUGCCAGGUCCUCAGCAGUGCUGUGCAGGACAUGAUCCGCAUCACAGUGCAGCCAGAAUCACAGGUGGUGCCAGAGGGGACACGGGUGUCCCUGACCUGCCGGGCGUCUGGACCACCAGGCCUCACGUACCAGUGGUUCUGUGGGAAGCAGGAGGUUCCCGGAGCCACGGCCCCUGAGCUGGUGAUGGACACAGGGCAGCCUGCCUGGUACAUCUGCAGGGUGAACUGCGGGGCCACCUUUGCCUUCUCCAGGUGGGCCCACAUCCAGGUGGAGAAGAGCAGCAGCCCCAGCUCAGGUGGGCCCCAAGUCGUCCAGUGGUUACCGCCCCAGCAACAGGUGAAGCUGGUGACAACAGCUGAGCGGGGCAGUUAUUCCUGCCGUGUCUUCAACCUCUUCCACGAGGUGUGGAGCCAGGAAGUGGAUGUGGAGAUCGGGCCCUGGCUCUUCACCUCUGGAGGCUCCUGGCAGGAGGGGGAUGGAGGCUCUCCAGAGCGUGGCAGUCCUGGCCAGCUGUAUGCCACCGACAAAGUGGCCCUGCUGAUUGGCAACAUGCACUACCUGCACCACAAGCAGCUGAAGGCACCCAUGGUGGACGUGCACACCCUCAGCACCCUCCUCCGCCAGCUCGACUUCAAGGUGGUCUCCCUGCUGGACCUGUGCAAGGCUGAGAUGCAAACGGCUGUCAACGAGUUCCUCCUCCUUCUGGACAAGGGUGUCUAUGGUCUGCUCUACUACGCCGGGCAUGGCUAUGAAAACUUUGGCAACAGCUUCAUGGUGCCCAUCGACGCGCCCAGCUCCUACAGCUCUGCCCACUGCCUGUGCGUGCAGCGGGUGCUGCGGGCCAUGCAGCAGCGCCGCACUGGCCUCAACGUCUUCCUGCUCGACAUGUGCCGCAAGAGGAACCUCAACGACGACCUCAUCCCGCAGGUUGGGGCACUGCAGGUCACGGCCAACAUCGUCUUCGGCUACGCCACGUGUGCAGAUGCUGAAGCCUACGAGCUGAGCCAGGGCGAGCUCUCCAACGGCAUCUUCGUCACUUUCCUCAAGCGCUGGCUGCUGGAGGACGAGAAGAUCACGGUGCUGCUGGACAAGGUGGCUGAGGACAUGGGCAUGCUGGAGAUCACGCGGGGCCGGCAGGCGCUGGAGCUCCGCAGCAACCUGUCGGAGAGGAGAGCUCUGACCGACCCCAUCCGCCCCCUGGGCAGGGACGAGUCCUCUGCCAGGAACCUGCAGUGGGCCAAGGCUCACGUCCUGCCGGAGAGCCGGCACCUCCGCUUCCACUGUGGUGUCACCGUCCAGCUGGGCUUUGCUGCUGAGUUCUCCAACAUCAUGAUCAUCUACACCCGCGUGCUGGACACCCCUGGGGACAUUGCCAAGUGUGAGGCCAAGCUCACCGACCUACCCGAGGAGCUGGACGUGGACGUCAAGUGCACCAACAAGGAGAGCCCAGAGGAUAUGGGCAGCCCCCUGGCCCCCACCUGGAGCCUUGGCUGCCCCUCCUGCUGCCUCUACAGCCGGCUCUGUGGCUUGCAGAAACUGCAGCAGGAGCUGGUGUUCACCAUCUGCCUGCAGUACCGCUACCGCGGCGUGGAUGACUUCCUGGAGGAGCGGCGGGUGGUGAGCGUGGGGAGGCCGCUCAUUGCCAAGCUCAACCUGCAGCUGGUGGCCUCCCCACCAGCCUCGCCCCCCCACAGCCCCCUCUCUGCCUCUGCCCAUGGGGGCUGGGGGGCAGUCGGGGCGUCCCGGGUCAACACUCCAGAGGAGAACCUGAGCCCCGAGGUUCCCAGUUCCCAAGCCCUGUAG